AAAUCACCAAGGAACAACGCUCUUCAAUCAUUGCAAUGUACUUUGCUUUGGAAGAAGAUAAGGAUGUCGAGGAUAUCAAGGAGAAGACCCGAACUGAUUUUGAAGAAGUAAAGGCACUCAAUUCCACCCAUCCAUCAACACAACUCGAUAAGAUGGCCAUUGAACUCCUCGAACGCUUCAGUAGUCUCAGCCAUAGCGAAACCGUUGUACUCAAGUUGGCUUUAAGUCACAUCGUCAGCUUUUUUGACGAUGAACAUUUGGCUUUCUAUAAGAAUCAUAUCAAGAACGAUGAGGUAUGGAGCUUGUGGGAAGACAAGAAGAAGAAGCAGUUGGAUGUCGAAGAAGAGAAAAAGAAGAUUGUUGAAGAUGUAUUUGGUGCUGUUGUCAAAGAAGCAAAGCAAAGCCUGGAUCAUGCUCUAAAGUUUGUAUUGAAAGAACAACUUGAGUUGCUAGACAAGAAUGAAAGAAAAACAUUCAAGUAUCAAAUGUUAGAAGCUGCAAGCUAUUUACUUCACAACAUGGAAGACUGGGAGAGUAACGCUCAGCCAUCAGAAGCAGAAGUGGUGAACCGGGUGAGCGGCUUGCUCAGGAUUUUCUUUAAUGACAGUGACUUGAAGAUUAAGAUCGGCGAAACUACUGCCGACUGCACCAAAGCAAACAGGGUGCACAAUGAGUCACAGUUCUCUGGUAGUAACUCAUCCUCCUACUUCUCUUCACACUCGGAAUCAACUACAGCAAGCAACGUUAGCGGUCGUAAAAUCGAUAUGAGAUUUAUGGCUGAUAAUGGCAUUGAAGUUGCCUUGUGCGAGUUUAAAAGAAAUACGGACAGACGCAAGCUGACAGAACAGCAAGGCAAAUGUUGCCGCUUGAACGUUGCUUUGCUUGAGGAUUUAAAGACCAUCGACAUAAAUGACAGAAUAAUUGCCAUAACCUGGGGUGGUAUGUGUGUAGUUUGCUUCAUCGAUUUUUUUGGUGUCGCGGAUAAUAGCGUUUCUGAACAAAGACAGCCAAUUGAGGUUGAAUAUAACCUUCCCUAUAUGUAUAAACCAAACAAGAAAAGGUUUAAACCUCAGAUAACCAACUGUUCUGAACUAUAAAUAUUGAAUCUGAUAUUAAAUUAAUAAAAAA